AUGAUGGAGUGCAGAAUAGUCUUUGGCGCUCGCUUCGGAGUAGCAGUAGCUGCUAAAUCCCAACAACAACUCCUGUCAUCCAGGAUUGUAGGGCGUCGGUGCUUGCCAUUUGCUAUUCACAGAUGCUAUGCUACAUCGAAUACUCUGGCGGGAACACCAAAACCAUCGUCCAGAAAGCAAGUGACGAUCGGUAAUGAUGAUGGUAGAGUUCCAUGGGGCCAGUUGUCAGCUGGGGAAAAGGCCGCACGCACAACCCAACAAGCGUUCAACUUUGGAGUGAUUCUUGCUGGAGCAGUCGGCCUUGCUGCUGUUAGCUACUAUCUCUACAUCGACGUCUUCUCCUCCGACAGCAAAACCAGACACUUCAAUCGUGCGGUUGACAGGAUCAGAGUAGACCCUCGUGCACUCAAUCUGCUUGGGUCUGGUCAAACAAUCAGAGCAUUUGGAGAACCGACAGCAAGCAAAUGGUCGAGGAACAGGCCCAUUGCGUAA